AAGUGCUGUUGCUAUUACUUCUCAUCCUGUCUCUGGUGCUUUGGAGAAUAAUAAUCUACCUUCUUCUAACCCAGCACCAACUGCAAUCUAUCACGGACAGGAAGAAGCUUGUUCACACUUAUUCUCCCUGCACUUGGUCACUUCCUGAUCAAAUAACUGUGAUGCUAUGUCCAGAGCUUGAAGGAAGUCCAGCUAGAGGUGCAAGGAUUUUCUAGAUGCUUUUAUUUGAUUCUGAGCUCAUCAAGAGCCUUUCGCCUACCUUCCACUUUUCCCUCUGUUCGUUUUUGUUAUUGAGACUCCGAAGGAAUCAGGUGUUGGGUACCCACAACUCCCCUGCCCUCCACCCCCAAAUAUUCAGUUUAUGAAUAAAAAGUUCUCUCUUCACGGAGGAGGAAAAAGUGAUAACUAAACGGAGACACUUUUAUUACGUGGCUGUGCAGCUUUGUUUUUGUUUAUUUUUUUAAACAAUCAUAAAUGGUCUUGGAACCAGUUUUGGAGAAGAGAACCUGCAUAGGUUUUAUGUUAGUAAAGAGAACGUGAAGUUUUCCAUUCCAGUGGUGUGUACAAAUUUCUUCUAUCACAAUAGAAACCCAUUUUGAAACAUCAGGCGGGGGGGAAAUGCAGCAAACCCCAAUUCUAAGUCACCUGGAUCUCUCUCUCUCUCUCUCUGGGUCAGCUACUGGGUGUCGGGAGCCUUAGUUGCUGGCAGCUGCAUGAUGGGCUGAAGACAGCUAUGCCGUCAAUCAGCUUCCGUAUCUGCAGCCUUGCAGAAAUACCUAAAUCGCAUUGGUUUCCCUCGCACAAGGGUCCACAGGUAGUCCUCGGCUUACCCCCGCAAUUGAGCCCAGAAUUUACGUGGCUAAGUGAGAAAUUUGUUCCACAUUUAACGACUUUUCUUGCCACUUUUAUGACGAAUGAAUCACUGCAGUUGUUUCAGUUAGUUAGCGCGGCCGUGAAGUGAAUUUGACUUUCCCCAUUGACUUUGCUUGUCGCCAAAGGGGAUAUCACAUGACCCCAGGACACUUGUGACCGUCAUAAAGAUGAAGCAGUGGCCAAGCGUCCAAAUUUUGAUCCCGUGACCAUGCGGAGGCUCCGAUGGUCGUGAGUCCCUUUUUUUCAAGUGCCGUUGUAGCUUCGAACGAACCGUCGUAAGUCGAGGACUACCUGUAUCUAUGCAAGCGUGUGUGCGUAUGCGUGUGUGUUACCUAUUGAAAUGGCCCCUUUGCCCUACAGCAUUGGGAGGGUACGGAUGAAGACGCCCACAGCAAAGGGUGUCCUAAACCUGAAUGCAUUCAAAGAGGAGGCGAACAUCGUCAGCGAAAACGAGCCGUCUCCGAUGGAGCAUUCUCCUUCCUUGGCAGCAUUGCAUUCCCACCCUGGAUCCCCGGAGCAGAUCCAGAAGUCGGUGCUGGAACACGUCUGGCAUAGAUACGCAGGUAGAAUCCUCUGCUUCCGUCUGGUUUGGUGAAAGGGCUUCAAUGUUGGAAAGCUCUCGAUUAGUUCCUGAUAAAUAUAUUUUAGGAUACUCAUAUCCAGGAGUGGACUUCAAACAUUUGAGCAAAGGG